AUGAAGAAAGGUCGUUCAAAGCGCGCCCAUCUUCUAGUCGCAAAUGUUAUUCAAGCAACGGAAAAUUUCAUCCACAAGGCCGACGAGAUCGUUCAUGAAAAUCCUGGUAUGAGAAAUGAAUUAAUCGAGAGUAUGAAUGAAGUGAAACGAGCAGGCGACGAAAUGGCUGUUCUAUCAAAGGGCUUUGCUGAUGAUCCAUGUUCAAAAUCUAAACGCGAGCAGAUGAUUGUCGCCGCUCGAGGUUUACUUUCAUCGGUUACUCGUCUACUGAUGUUAGCUGAUUAUGUGGAUGUGCAAAUUAUUUUGAAUUCUAUUCGUUUGGUGGAAAAUGAUUUACAACAAAUUCAUGAUGCAGCGAAUCAGGAUGAAUUGAUCCAGUUCUAUAAACAAUAUGGAAAAGAUGUUAGCAAUUUGGGUUAUCAUGCUCAACGAAGACAGCAAGAUUUAGUGGAUCGAGAUGAACAGGAAAGCUUAGCAGCAGCACGCGCUACAAUCAAACGAUCAUCCAUGAUGUUAUUGACUGCAGCAAAAACUUAUUUACGUCAUCCGGAGAUACCAUCAUCACGUGAAAAUCGUGAUUUUGUCUACAAUCAAUUACGCGAGGCGGUCCACGUAAUUUCUUCAAUUACUCAAGGGCACACAGAAACGAUAAAACAAGAUGCAGCAUUGAAUACUGUCGGAGAUCUCACUCGAGCAUUGAAUGAAUUCGAUCGGGUAGUCAUGAUGAAACCACAGAAAUUCAAUGAACAAGUUGUUCGACCACAGCUCGAAGAACAUCUGGAAAGUAUCAUCUCAGGCGCUGCUCUAUUAGCAGACUCUCUCUCGACACGAGAAGAACGUCGUGAUCGAAUUGUUCAAGAAUGUAACGCAGUUCGACAAGCAUUGCAAGAAUUAUUGGAUGAAUACAUCCGAUAUUCGAAAAAGAAGAGUUCAGAAGACAAUGUCAAUGAAAAGAUUCAGAUAAUGCAAACGAAAACUCGUGAUCUACGAAAACAGCUUCGUAAAGCUGCUGUCGAUCAUGUUAGUGAUACGUUUGUCGCGACAAACGUUCCACUUGUAGCUCUUAUCGAUGCAGCACGACGUGGGAAUAUUCAACUCGUCGAACAAACAGCACAGAUCUUCAUGGAACAUGCAACUAAAUUGGUUGAAGUUGCAAAUAUCGUUUGUUCAAUGUCAGAUUCGGUUGAAGGCAUCAAAUUAGUUCGUCUAGCUGCAAAACAUAUUGAACAUCUUUCUCCACAAGUGGUGAGUGCUGCACGAAUUCUUGCUGCUCGUUCGACCUCAAAAGUUGCUCAAGAAAAUCUGGAUGUUUUUCGUGAAACAUGGGAAAAACACGUGCGAUUGCUUACAGAAGCUGUUGAUGAAAUAACUACCAUUGAAGAUUUUCUUGCUAUUUCGGAGAAUCAUAUACUCGAAGAUAUUAACUCAUGCAUUCAAGCCAUGGUCGAACAAAAUCCAGAUCGUGUUGAUCGAACUGCGGGUGCGAUUCGUGGACGAGCCGAUCGUGUUAUUGAUGUGGUUGCUGCUGAAAUGGACAAAUACGAACCUGGAGAAUAUACCGAAACUGUUCUGGAAAGUGUUCGCGUUCUUCGAGACCAAAUCAUGCCGAGUUUUGCUGAAAGAAUCAAAAUAUCAAUUGACACUCUUCGAAUGAAAUCGACACAGGAUGAUCGCAAGUACGAAAUAAAUGAACAAGAAUUAAUUGAAGCAUCCAGCAAUGUCUAUCAUGGUAUAAGAGAUAUUCGAAAUAGUAUCUUAAUGAAUCCAGAUCUUGAAUGGCCAAGUGACGAUGAAGAAGGAUUCAAUGAUGAAAUCUAUGCUCCAUCUCAAGCAUCAAGUCACGGACCAUCGGUGGAUAGUCAACAAACUGAUAUGGAAAUGCAUCCAGGCAAUAAUGACAAUCCAAGUCGAGACAUGAUGAGACGAUUACCUAAAGAAGAACGAGAGCAAAUCGAACUUCAAGUUGAAGGCUUCAAACGAACAAAACGCGAUUUCGAACGUGAAGUUCUUAAAUGGGAUGAUCGUGGCAAUGAUAUCAUUGUUCUUGCGAAAAAAAUGUGCAUGAUUAUGAUGGAAAUGACGGACUUUACCCGGGGUCGUGGACCAUUACGUACAACAAUGGAUGUGAUCCAUGCCGCAAAAAUGAUCUCAGAAUGUGGAUCUAAAUUGAAUAAAUUAGCGAAAGAUAUUGCUGCACAAUGUGUCGAAUCCCAAUCAAAAUCUGACCUUGCUGCUUAUGUUGAUCGUAUCACUCUCUAUUGUCACCAAUUGGAUAUUACGAGUAAAGUGAAAGCUGAUGUUCAAAAUAUAAGUGGCGAACUUAUCGUUAGCGGACUUGACAGCGCUACUUCGUUGAUUACAGCAGCGAAAAACUUAAUGGGUGCAGUUGUACUCACUGUCAAAGCAUCCUAUAUAGCUUCCACCAAAUAUCGUAACAAAUCAGGAAACAAAGAGCCAAUUGUUCAAUGGAAAAUGCGUUUGCCAGAAAAGAAACCAUUGGUGUUAACUGAUCGCCCGAAUGAUUCUGAUGUGCGAGUAAGAAAAGGUGCUACCAAAAAACGACUCGAACCUUUACACGUUCUGAGCCAAUUUCAAAAUUAA